UUCUUUUUUCAUUCGCUUUUUCUCUUUUUAGAAAUACUGAGCCUCCAAUUAUUUUCCACACAGUAACAUCUCCAUGACUCUACUCGCCGACCGGUUAAGAAGCAGCGGAUCCCCACCAGACAAAGCAGAAUCACACACUGAAUAUAGAUAAAUCAUAGAUAGAUAUAUAGAUCAGUAGAUCUAGUGAGGGAGAGAGGGAGGUGGGUUUUGUUCUUCGUAUUGUUUAAUGGAUAAAAGCAUUGAGUCUACUGCCACCACAACAACCAGCAGUAGUAGCAGCAGCUCCGGCAGAGAUCAAUACCUCAAAAACCUCAAUAAGCUCUCACUCAAGAUCUCCAAACCCGUUACUGUUACCAGAAACCAACCAGUCUUCGAUUACCAGGAUCAAAGUCAGAACUUGAUUCACCAGCAACCGUUGUCUCAACCACCACAACUCUCUCAGGCAGAAACACAAACACAAACACAUGAUCUGCAACAGCAGCAGCACCAGCCACCGGUGUACAAUAUCAACAAAAAUGAUUUCAGAGACGUCGUUCAGAAGCUCACUGGAUCUCCGGCUCAUGAGCGCUUCUCUACACCACCACCGAUACUACCACCCAAGGCUCCGAGCUCUCGCUUGCAGCGUAUUCGCCCUUCGCCCCUUGCGAAUGUUAGCAACCGACCUCCUCCGCUGCUAAACAACGCCAUUCAGCCUCAACAGCAUCAACCUCUGGCAACGAUAAAUCCAUUGGCCACCGCCACUGCUCCAGGCGGUUUUAUCCAGUUCCCGGGAGCUCCACUGUCACCGCUUCCUCCGCUCCCGUCUGUCCACGGUGCAGCUGAGUCACCCGUCUCCGCUUACAUGCGGUUCUUCCAGAGUCAGAACUCGAUGUUUAACGUCGACCCCAAUUCGAAGCAGUUAUCGGGAUUCUCGCCGCUUGCACCGUUGAAUUCACCACGUUGGAAUAACUCGACUCCACAACCACCGCUGCAGAUUCUGCCACAUUCAUCAGCUUCGGGAAUGCCUGCAACCCAACAGCAGUUCCAAUUGCCAUCAUCACCGCUGGCGUUUGGUUGUUCGAAUUCUCUGCGGUCGCCAUACCCUUUGCUCUCCCCAGGUCCGCUGUUCUCGCCUUCGUCAGGGCCAUUAGGUUUUCCGCUUUCACCGACGGUGCAGGUGCCCCUGCCAAGCCCUAAAUGGAGAUGUCUUUGAGCUUAUAUCAGGAAGUCCAUGUUUUGCAUUUGCUGCCGUUGGGUAUCCUUAUCCUACUGCCAUAGUGCCAUCCUCCCCCUGUGGGAUCACUGAGACAGACUUUGCUGGUUGAGAGCAAAGGUCAAAUUUUUAUUUCAUAAAUUCUCAACCAUUGUUGAAGUUGUGCAACUGUCAUAGCAGCCUCUAAUUGCUGCUCAAAUAAAGGUAUGCUUGAAGUGGUAAUUGGAAUCGCUGUGAUAUUGAGAUACAUAAAUGAGUUGAUACUGUAGUGGAGGUUUAAUGGCUUUUGCUAUCUAUUUUUUUUUCCUAUGCUUGUUGCAAUGAAGUCUGAAUUUGGCACUGCUUGAAGUAGGGAAGGCUCUCAAAUCGAGCAGAAUGGUGUUUAUGCUAUUUAUUCUGUUAAAGGGAAGUCAUUGGUUAUGCAAAAGGGUGAUGAGUAUAGCGAUGGCAGUUGAAGAAGAGGAUUGUAGGGGUGGUAAUGUUUACCUAAUGUGUGCCUUUUGUGGCAACCACUUGUCAAGCACGGUUGCACGUGUUUAGCCUAGCCUGAGUUUGGGCUUAAUGAGUAGUCUAAAGGGCACGCAUGUUAAGUUGUUGUCGGUUAACAACAAAAAAAGUGUUUCUUGUGGUGCUAACGUGUGCCAUUUAAUUAUGGUUUGAUUUAAAGUGAAGAAUUUUUUUAGAAGCAGGAAGUUGAUUGUUGAAAAUCAUCCUAAUCUUCAUGAACUUGUUAAGUGGCUUGGAUAGAAAACAGAGAUGCUGGUUAGUUGUGACCCAAAGA